GAUUAUAUGAUUAUAUAUUACUUUGGUAUUAUUUAAAUCCAUGACCUUUGUUCCAAUUCAUUUAUAAGAGCUGACCACAUUUUGAUCUUAGAAUACUUGCUCAAGAAAUCUCAUCAUAAUAGGGCUUUACAAAUAAUAUGGAUCUGACAUGCUAGAUUGUUGCAGAGUUGCAGUUAUGCUUUUGUUAGAUUUCCUUCUACAUCUUUCUGUCUACAUUAAAUUUCUUACCAUGUUCUUCUUAUGGGAGUCAAGUCCAAGCAAUGAAUCCAAGGACCGAGUAAAAACACAGGCAGUAGAGAGCCAACAUCACAUUUGAGACUACCAAAGUCCUGAGAUAAAAGGGGAAUUUGCAUGUUUGGUGACUUGAUCGAGUUGCACAUUUGAUGCAUUUAAUGAAAUUUGACACAAAUAAUGAGGCUAGAGAUAUCUCCAUUUGGUAGAAAAAUAACAUGCCUGUAUAGGGUGCUGGAUCUCCAUCUGGUAGAACAAUAACAUGCCUGUAUAGGGUACUGGAGUUUGUUUUGUGCACUGUCUUCAAUAUUUAAGUACCCUUCUAGAAGGGUCACCAAUUAAUAGAAUAUGAAAACAUAUUUAAAAAUCUUUAUAACGUUCUAAUAUUCCAUAUCCCUAGCAAAAUGAAAGAAUCGAAUUCUCUUCUGUCUCAUCAGUUUCAUAACGUUCCAAUAUUCUCUUCUGUUACACGGUAAUGCUUAUGCCUGGGGAAUUUGGUUGACUUUAUUAGCUAGAUGGAGGAUUAGUUUAGGCGAGUAUAUUGAGUUUGUGAUUUGUUGGGUGAGGUUGGUCAUGUGUUAACUAAACUUCAAAUUUGUUUGGGGAGGUUCCAGUUUGUCCAACCUUAAUGGAAGUUUACAUAUCCAAGAUGGAAAAAGAAAUAAUCUCUCUAUCAUUUGUUUCACAGAAUUUGCUAAAAGCCUUUUGCUUAUGCAGAUUCAGAACUGCUUAAUGUUGUUGCCUCUGGUUCUCUAGAUAUUAUUCAAUUUUUUACUGUUAUGGCAAUAUGCAACACAGUGAUUCCUGUACAAAGGCUCUUCAACUUAAUGGCCAACAGUUGUUGGGCCGAGAAGUGACUCUUGACCUUGCUAAAGAGGGGGGAGCUUAUACUCUGAAUGCUGGGAAAUUUGAUAACUCCUUCCAGUGGCAGUUCAAGGGUGGAGGUGAAAGUACAACUGUGUUUGUUAAGGGGUUUGACAAGAAUGACCUUGAAGAUAAGAUCAGGAGUUCUCUUGAGGAUCAUUUUAGUUGUUGUGGAGAGAUUAAAGGUAUCGGACUUCCAACGGACAUUGAAGGGAACAUUAAAGGGUAUGCCUAGUGGCUUUAGGAUGUUGUGUCUGGAUCCUCUUCAACUAAAAUUUCAACUGCCAACCUCAAUAGUUUUGAUGAACAUGAAAAUUAUUAUCCAUCUUUAUGUACAUAGAAUUGUAUAUAUUCUCGUGUCUAGUUUGACAUAUUUUAAGAAUAAUUUGAUCACAUUACAUUUUUGUAAUUCAAUAUUAUACUGUGAAAAAUAUUCUUCUAUUUUAAACAUUUAA